GGCGUGGACUCCCACCCAGACGGAAAGGGGCGUGUCUGCCGUGGCUCUGCCGGGGUUCAGAGUUCUCUGGUCGGGGAGCCAAAGAAGACAGGAGCCUGCGGGGAGCGCACGCAGAGAGGAGAGGAGCAGAGGAGGCACAUGGAACAUGUACUGACAACUGAACUGUCCUUCUUGGGGACUUUCAAGUGGACGUUUUUCAAUCAGCGAGACUCGGGUUGCAAUCAACAAUUUGAAGUGUCCAUGGACUGAGAUAUUUAAGUGUUUUUUUGUUUUUUUAAUUGCCGAGAAACAUGCAGAGUGGACUUGGAUGCGCGUUUGGCAUGUGUUGCAUCUCCCGGAGGCAGCAGCGAGACAGAUAAUGCUGGAUAAUAUUCUACCCAUUUUUCUUUUUUUAAAUGACUUUAAAACACAUGAGCUUUGAAUCCAUCAGAUAAGGCAUGCUUCCUUCGUUGUGUCCUUUGGCUCAGCGGCAUUGCGACUCAUGGGAUGUAGCAAAUGGAGAGCUGGGUUCAACUUCGGCCACCACCUGAAGGUGCAGUCCAAGCUGUCAGUCUUCUUGACCAUGAUCCUCUUCUUCACCUACCUGUUCUACUGCCUCAACGGCUUCUGCGAAUCCUUACCUCCACCCGUGUACGACCAACAGACGUCCAACCUCCUUUUAAACCAAAUCCUCCUGGAUGCGGGACAGGACGCGAGACACAAGAACGACGUUACCGCGUCGGCCUCGGCGGGGGACGAGCAGCCACUGGAGCUGGACGACGUGGACUCAGUGUUACAGAAGCUCAGCGGCGAACCGCCCUCCGAGGGCAACAUGUCGGUGGCGAACAGCUUCGGGAGUAAAAAGUUCCCCCAGGCCAUCAUCAUAGGGGUGAAGAAAGGCGGCACGCGCGCGCUCCUGGAGUUCCUCCGCAUCCACCCGGACGUCCGUGCAGUGGGGGCAGAGCCGCACUUCUUCGACCGCUUCUACGACAAAGGCCUGGAGUGGUACAGGAGCCUGAUGCCCCGUACGCUGGAGGGCCAGAUCACGAUGGAGAAAACCCCCAGCUACUUCAUCACCAAGGAGGCCCCGCGCCGCCUCUUCUCCAUGAGCCGCCACACCAAGCUCAUCGUGGUGGUCCGGGACCCCGUGACCCGCGCCGUGUCCGACUACACCCAGACGCUCACCAAGUCCCCGGGCCUGCCCUCCUUCCAGAGCCUGGCCUUCCGCAACGGCUCCUCCACCAUCGACACGGCCUGGAGCGCCGUGCGCAUCGGCAUCUACGCCAAGCACCUGGAGAACUGGCUGCGCUACUUCCCGCUGUCGCGCUUCCUGUUUGUGAGCGGCGAGCGGCUGGUGAUGGACCCGGCCGGGGAGAUGGGCCGCGUGCAGGACUUCCUGGGGCUGAAGCGCGUGGUGACGGACAAGCACUUCUACUUCAACCAGACCAAGGGCUUCCCCUGCCUGAAGAAGCCGGAGGGCAGCAGCCGGCCACGGUGCCUGGGGAAGUCCAAGGGCCGGCCCCACCCACGCAUCCCGGCCCAGGUGCUGAGGAGGCUCAGGGACUUCUACCGGCCCUUCAACCUCAAGUUCUACCAGAUGACGGGGCACGAUUUCGGCUGGGACUGAGCCGACAGACCGGGGGGCUCGUCAGCGCCGAAGCUCUUAGAAAGGAAACUCUCGGUGGAAUUUUGUCGGCAAGACAACCGAACAAACAAACUGAUUUAUAACAAACUGAUAAUGUAGCUUCGCUCGGCCACCGAAGCUCUUACAGUGGUUCCCUUUCAGUUGAUUAAAGCUGUGUACCAAAGUUUCAACCCUGUAGAAAGAGAGUUUUACCAAAUAUUGAGGCUCCUUUGUAUGAACCUUGGACAGUUUUAGGCCUCCCCUCGGACCGUUCUGUCUUGCAGGUAUAGCUGUGUUUUGGCCAGCAGCCUGAACCAAAGCUCAGGGGAAAGGCUGGCCAUAACUCUGCGGUCGGACUUUUCACCUGUUGUCGUUUUUUCUUUUUUUUACAAAGCAUGACUUUAGAGCCAAAGAUAUAUUGAAUAUUUUUGUAUCUUGAGUCCUUGGUCCACUGAGUCAAAAAAGAUGUGUAGUUAAGAUGUGAUUUACUGGAGUUAUUUUGAACGAACAGAGUAGUGCCGCUUUUCCAUAGUGUGUAAAAGGUGACUUUUAACAGAGAUACCUAUUGGUUGACAGAACUUAACUAGUGUAAGAAGAAGGGAUUUCAUUCAAAAUGUUUAUGUGUAAGAAGCCACACGCACACGCACACACACACACACACACACACACAAUUGCACACACAUACACAUCAUACAAUUAUCUUGUGGUUUUGGUGAUGUGGCCGAUUUUUAUUCAGCAAUCAUGCUGGUCUAGUUUCAUUUUUGCACUAAAUUUCAAUCACAAUACAAUGUUGGCCUUAUUAAUAAUGCAUGAUUUAUAAAUAAUUCAUAAAAUAAUAACAUAGAAUAAAAACAAGGUACAAGUUUUAGAGCGCCACACUUUCCAAUAAAUCAUCUGUUUUUGAAUUAGCAUGUAGUCAAUCAUUUGACAUGGCGCUUGACGUAACACGAAAACUUUGGUCAAAUCCAGCACAGUUGCAAUGUGUGUGGAUUCCAGUUAUAGUUUGUCAUUUUAUUCAGCGUGAAUAAUCUUUUAAUAUCUACUUCCUGGUAAAAUAAAACUUUUAACUUUUUUUAAAUAAAACAAUACAAUAAUUCCAAACAUGACUUGUUAUGCGCUGUAAAAUUGCUAUAAUUUAUGUCCAGUCUAAUGCUCUUCUUUUUUACCCUAUGUGUUCAACAACAUAAGCUUAUUUUGUACCACUGUACAUUUCUUAAAGCCUAAUUUAUAAUAAAUGUACAAAAUAUGGUGGAAAUGUUUUCACUGAUGGUUUUGUAUUUGGAUAUUCUGCAAUUCUGAAUAAAGCUUCUAUUCUGAAAGGAAAUAAU